AUGAUAUGUCCAGGUAUAUUUAAUUUUAUAAAUUUUAGAUGGAGUAAAAAUUGAUUCUAAAAAUAGAUCACAUAAUGUAAUGAAAUCUAAAUUAGAAAUUAAUAGAAUUAAUUAAUAAACUAUGUUAUGGAAUUUCUCUGUUCAUGUAUAAUCAUUAGAUCCUUUUUUAUCUGAUAAUUCUUACUAAUUUUUUAUUAAUAAUCAAAAACCUAAAAGAACUAUGUUAUGUUAAGAACCUUUAUCACCUUAAUGUAAAGAAAAUAAUGGCAAUUCAUCUACUAAAGCUUCAUGUUUUAAGACUGUAAAUUUAAAUGAAAUGUUCUUAAAAACAAGAGUUAUGCAAACUGAAAUUAAAACCUAUAUAAGAUAAGAAAAUGAUGUUAUUGCAUAAAAGAUUAAUAAUUUCUGUGCUGAAGAUUCUGUUAGAAUAUUUGUAACUUUUGGACAUAAAGUUUUAGAAACCUUUAUGAUUUAAACUAAUUUACUUAUGCAAAAUGAAAAAUGUUUUGGAGUAAUUGAUUGUAAUUAUUUUAUUUCUUAUUUUAGUGGAUAAAAGAUUAUUUAUAAGAGAUAAUGAUACAACAUAAUAAAAUAUUAAAAGAAAUCUAUCCAAAAUGCCAACUUUCAAAAAAGAUAUGAAAAAUGCAAAUGAGGAUCGUACUAUGACUACUAUCUUAUCCCAUAUUACCAAUUAAAGAUUUUAGGAAUGA